AUGAAUAACCUGAGGAAAGAGCUGGUGUUCACCCUGCUGUUUUGUGGGGCAGCCCUCACCUUGCCCAGCCAGAAAUCACUUGCAUUCAGAAGAGGAGCCAGAUCUUACAGAGUGACCUGCAGGGAUGAAAAAACACAGAUGCUGUACCUGCAGAAUGAGUCGUGGCUGCGCCCCGUACUCAGAAGCAACCGGCUGGAAUACUGCUGGUGCAACAGCGGUCGCUCGCUGUGCCACUCGGUGCCCGUCAGAAGUUGCAGCGAACCGAGGUGCUUCAAUGGGGGGACGUGCCGGCAGGCUCUAUAUUUCUCAGAUUUUGUCUGCGAGUGUCCUGAAGGGUUUUCAGGGAAACGCUGUGAAAUAGAUGCCAGUGCCACAUGCUACAAGGACCAGGGUAUCACCUACAGGGGCACGUGGAGCACAGCAGAAAGCGGGGCCGAGUGUAUCAACUGGAACAGCAGCGUACUGGCCCUGAAGCCCUACAAUGGACGCAGGCCAAACGCCAUCAUGCUGGGCCUUGGGAACCACAAUUACUGCAGGAACCCAGACAGAGACUCAAGGCCCUGGUGCUACGUCUUCAAGGCAGGGCAGUACAGCACUGAGUUCUGCAGCACGCCGGCCUGCCCCAAGGAAAAAAACGGAGACUGCUACUUUGGAAAAGGGUUAGCAUACCGUGGCACCUACAGCCUCACCACAUCUGGUGCCUCCUGCCUCCAGUGGAGUUCCAGGGCCCUGAUAGGCAAGGUCUACACAGCGUGGAAGAACAACGCCCAGGCACUGGGCCUGGGCAAACACAACUACUGCCGGAACCCAGAUGGAGAUGCCAAGCCCUGGUGCCACGUGUUGAAGGACCACAAGUUGACGUGGGAAUACUGUGAUGUGCCCCAGUGCUCCACCUGUGGGCUGAGACAGUACAAGCAGCCUCAGUUCCGCAUUAAAGGAGGACUCUACGCAGACAUCACCUCUCAUCCGUGGCAGGCUGCCAUCUUUGUCAAGAACAGGAGGUCACCAGGGGACAGGUUUUUGUGUGGCGGAAUACUGAUCAGUUCCUGCUGGGUCCUGUCUGCUGCGCACUGCUUGCAGGAGAGGUAUCCUCCCCACCACCUUAAGGUGGUCCUGGGCAGAACGUACCGAGUGGUCCCUGGAGAGGAGGAGCAGAAAUUUGAAGUAGACAAAUACAUCAUCCAUAAGGAAUUUGAUGACGACACUUACGACAACGAUAUUGCACUGCUGAAACUGCAGUCAGACUCGCUACAGUGUGCCCAGGAGAGCGACACUGUCCGCACCGUCUGUCUCCCUGAAGCUGAUCUGCGCCUGCCUGACUGGACAGAAUGCGAGCUGUCUGGCUACGGCAAGCACGAGGCGUCUUCUCCUUUCUAUUCUGAGCGGCUGAAGGAGGCUCAUGUCAGGCUGUACCCAGCCGGCCGCUGCACGUCACAACACUUGUUUAACAGAACCGUGACGAACAAUAUGCUGUGUGCUGGAGACACACGAAGUGGUGGGAACCAGGCAAACCUCCAUGAUGCCUGCCAGGGUGACUCAGGUGGCCCCUUGGUGUGUAUGAAGGACAACCACAUGACUCUAGUUGGCAUCAUCAGUUGGGGCCUUGGCUGUGGGCAGAAAGAUGUUCCAGGUGUAUAUACCAAGAUUACUAAUUACCUAGACUGGAUUCAAGACAAUAUGCGACCAUGA